ACGAUGACAUCGCUUUGUUUAGAAAAUGUUAGUCCUGUUGCCAAGUACCGCCUACGUAGCCUUCACUAUAAGAAUCCCCGUCAUGAAUCACCGGCACUUCACUACCAACUGCUUCGAGAGUUCGCAUCAAGAGAGAAGCAAACAAACAACAUGUGUUCAGAAACGGAGUGCGGAAUCUGCUACCGAUCUUACAACCUCAGUCGGCGGUGUCCUCGACAGCUGUGCUGCAAACACACGUUUUGUGAGAGCUGUCUGGUGACGCUCGGGCGGUCCGUGGAGAGCCCUGAACCCCGCAUGAUGUGUCCGCUGUGCCGUCACGCGACUCCGCUGACGACGGCGAGAAUCCAAGAGAACCUACCGAUAGACGAAGACAUUUUUGAUCGGCUAGUAACCGCGGGCACCGUGGAGGAAUGCGCGGAUGACGACGAAGACACCGAGAAGCCAAACCGGGACGUGGUCAUCCUGCCAAAAGAGGACGUUCCGCCGCCAAGAUCGCGAAAGGGACACCUGAUGAAAUGCUUAAGUCGCCUGUGCAAAAAAGUCACCGGGGAUGCGCGGAGAAAUUGUGUGACUGAUGAAGAGUUGAGGGACCUGGCAAUGAUGUCCUGCUACAUGAUGUGAAAGACAACAUUUCAAGUUGUUGACUGUCAUUCAGACACUCCUCGUGCCAAAAGAUGCAAACACACACAAUUAAGGGAACAGAUGGAAUCAUUAAUUUAAGAAUCACCUUUUGAAAAACACUGGUUUACUGCUAGUCUGAACAUUUGGGUGGAUGUGUCCCCUUCUGUGUCUGUGGGUGUCACUGCCCUGCAUGGAGGUUAGGGCUGACACUCGGCAGUGGGAGUCUACGGAUGGCAUGAUGUGUCUGCGCGCUGAAGCGGUGGAAUGUCGCAGUGUCUGUUGAGUGAAGGAGGACUGUUUGCUGUCGGGUGUGGCUCGUCACCAUAACAGACGUUUAGGAUUGAUAGCAACCUAUAAACACAGCAACAAAAACAUGUUAAACAUUUUUUUUUUUUUAAACCCACACUUCCAGUAAAGCUUUAGGCCUUUUUUUGGGUGCUGUUUUUGCUGUUACAAAAUUAUGGAGAAUGUACCCAACAAGUUUUCUCCCUUUUAAAUCAUUGUAAUUUAAUGAUGUAUAAUAAUUUCUACGAAAUGUUACUUGUAUUUAAUAAGUUUAAUAAAAAAAAAAGUUAGUUUUUCAGUAUUACAUUUGUAUCAGAUGAAAGAACCUGGAUUAUAUUUAUCCUUUUAAACGUUUCAAGUUUCAUGAUUAUUAAUUAUUUUUUAUGUAUUUAAGUAUUUUACAUUUUUUAGAGGAAAUUAUGGGAUUACUGUAUACUGAUUUGUACCAAAUAAAUGUUUUUAAUACAA